AAUGGAAACAGAAAAACCAGUAACGGGACUGGAGGGAGUAAACCAGCAGCUCUCCAUGGAUAUCGACGGAGAACCAGACCUGGACAGCUUCCCCAUCCUGGUCAGAUCCAUGUCCACGUCCAGGAGGCACAGCUGGGGCGUCCCGGUGUCCCCCAUCAACCUGGGAAGGAGACUCAGUCUGGAUCCGAUGGCCAUGGACAGCGAUGGAGAAAGAGACGACGAGGACGAGCCACAGAACCGACCUGGAGACGAGUCGGACGCUUCCAGUUUGACGGCCGGCGCUGUUCCUGGAAGGCAUCUGUACUCCCGCUCAGAGAUCCUCGCCACGGACGACUAUUCCCGAGCCGCACACAUUUCUCGAGUUGUUCAGACGUCCAAACAGGCCGCGAGGGCAGCCGGAGCCGACGAGUUCGACCCCGAAGAAAACCUUCAUUCUACAGAAGGCCAGAGCCACAUGCUGAUGGUACAGAAAGUUCUGCAGGAGCUAAAGCUGUACCAUGGAGCGAAGCAGAGAAACAACAGAUCAGGCAGCAAAGAUUCAGGAAGUGUCACUUGGUACGAGUUCCUCUCUAAUGAGAAUGAGGAAGAGGAAGAUCGAACAGAGAAGGUGGAGAAAGGUACGAAGGUGAAGAGAACUCUGAGCUCUCUGAGGAACAGGGUGACUGGAUCCUUCAACAAAGACAAGGGUAAGAACCGAGAGAAGGCGAAGGAGAAGGAGGCCAAAGAGAAAGUGUGCAGCAGCAGCAGCAGCAGCAGCAGCGGCAGCAGCAGCAGCAGCAGCGGGCAUCACUUGGUGCCCGGCUCCUUCUCCAGCUGUGCCACCUGCUCACUGUGCAGCAAGACCCUGCAGAAAAAGCAUGGCCUGCAGUGCAUGAAUUGCGCCGUGAACGUUCACAAGAGCUGCAAGUCUCUGCUGGGGGAGUGCACCAGCAGCAAGAACAAGAGAGAUUCUCUGCAGAGGCCCGGCCCAUCAGGAUCUCCUAGCCUUGCGCUGAAAGACCGGGACCGGGAGCGGGAUCAGGCCGGCCCAGCCGCUUCUCAGGCCCUGGAUGGCCACCGAGGUUUCCUCAGCGCCCCAGGCAUGACCAUUAGUCCGUGGGGACCCAGCACUCAGCCUUCUGCCGCCCAGACCACCAGCUCCAGUGCAGCCUCCAGCCUCGGCCACAGCCUCCGUCACAACAACAGCUCAGGAUCCCUCCCCGGGGAGAUGGAUGAGACAGAUGCUCUCCGCUCCAAACGCUGCAAUGAAGACUCCAUUUCCCUCGCUCCUUCCACCACCGAGGCCAUCAUCGUAGAAGACGCUCACUAUGCAGCAGUACGAGCCGACCUGGACUCUGACGCCCAGGACUUGGAGGUGGACUCGUGGAGUUUGGCAGUUGACCAGCAGUAUCUUAAGAAGCACUCUAAAGACACGGUGAAGAGGCAGGAUGUGAUAUACGAACUGAUGCAGACGGAGAUGCACCACGUGCGGACGCUGAAGAUAAUGCUGCGUGUCUACGUCCGAGAGUUGAAGGAAAACCUCCAGAUGGACUCCGGCAGGCUCGACUGUCUGUUCCCCCGUCUGGAAAACCUCCUCGACCUCCACACACAUUUCCUGUCUCGUCUCAAAGAGCGGCGGCGAGAAAACCUCGUCUCUCCCAAUGACAGAAACUACACCAUGAACAGAGUGGCAGAUAUCCUGAUCACACAGUUCUCAGGUGAAAUAGGAGAGAGGAUGAAGGACAGUUAUGGAGAUUUCUGCAGCCGCCACCCUGAAGCUGUCAGCUACUACAAAGAUCAGAUGCAUAACAACAAAAGGUUCCAUAACAUCAUACGGAAAAUCAACAACCUGUCCAUUGUACGGAGGCUGGGAGUACCCGAGUGCAUAUUGUUGGUGACGCAGCGGAUUACCAAAUACCCAGUACUAGUGGAACGCAUUCUGCACAACACUGAAGCGGGUUCGGAGGAGCACGAGGAUCUGACUCGAGCUCUGGGUCUGAUCAAAGACACCAUCGUGCAGGUGGACACGCUGGUCAACCUCCACGAGAAGAACUCCAGACUGCGCGACAUUCACAACAAGAUGGAGCCAAAGGCGCUGGGAAAAAUCAAAGACGGACGAGUGUUUCGUAGGGAGGACCUCGCUCAGGGCCGGAGACGGCUGCUGCAUGAGGGGACAGUCAGCUGGAAGGCAGCUUCAGGCAGACUCAAAGAUAUUCUUGCGGUGCUUCUGUCAGAUGUGCUGCUGUUGCUACAAGAGAAGGAUCAGAGAUAUGUAUUUGCUACAGUGGAUAACAAGCCGUCGGUGAUCUCUCUCCAGAAGCUCAUUGUCAGGGAGGUGGCCCACGAGGAACGAGCCAUGUUUCUCAUCUGUGCUUCCUCCAAUGAGCCGGAGAUGUACGAGAUCCACACCACCUCCAAGGAGGAGAGGAACACGUGGAUGACGCACAUUCGGCAAGCUGUCGAGAGUUGUCCUCACACUGAGGAGAGGCUGUUCAGCGAGGAAGAAGAGGCACGAGCUUCCAGGCUGAAAGAAUUUCAAGAGCGACUUUGCCAGAAGGACGUGGUGAUCGUUCAGGCUCUAACCGAGAAGCUGCAGCUGUUUGCGGACAUGGCCGAGUCUGUCGCAGGCCUGGAGGACGCAGCUUCCAGGUCCAGGCUGCUGCUUCGAGGAGAUGCCUCGGACCUCCACCAGGGGGAGACGCUGCUCAAAGGAGCCAUCACCGAGGUGGAGAACCUCCAGAACCUGCUGCAGUCUGGAGUGAGGGACGAGGCGCCGCCCUCCCGGAUGGAGGAAGGCGGAGGCUCCGGGGUUCUGCCCAGGAGAGCAGACACCUUCGGGGGCUACGACAGCAGCCCCGCCAUCCUCAGUAAGAAUGGCAGCGUGAAGAAGAACUUUUGUGGCGAGUCCAGAAACAGAGACAGAAGCCAAAGAGCCAGCUCGGACCCUCAGCUCAAAGACCUCUGUGGCAGCCACGCCCUGGAGCAGACGGUUGAUGAGAGCUGCUGCUCUCCUGCCAGAUGGAAUCGCAUCUGGUCCAACUCCUUCCCCGAGGCCGAGUUCUUUGACAGAGUGCUGAUGCUCUCCCAAAGGCUCUACAGUCUGCAGGCCAUCAUAUCCCAGCAGGACAGCCACAUCGAGCUCCAGAGGGCCUCCCUGACAGAACGGGCCUCUCUUCCCGGCCGCCACAGAGGAAACGUCCUCCUGGAGCAGGAGAAGCAGCGAAACCUGGCCCUGCAGAGAGAAGAGCUGGCCAGCUUCCACAAGCUGCAGUCUCAGCACCGGCAGGAGCAGCAGCGCUGGGAGAAGGAGAGGGAGAGACACCGGCAGCAGGUGGAAGCUACCGAGGCCCGGCUGAGGCAAAGAGAGGAGGAGUGCCGACGGCUGGAGGAACAUCUGGCGAAGGAGAGGGAGGAGUUGGACAGGCAGAGGAAGACCUACCAGGAGGACCUGGAGAGGCUGAGAGAGUCCACCAGAGCUGUGGAGAAGGAAAAGGAACGUCUGGAGCACCAGAAGAAGAUCAAGAGGAAGACCAUUGAGGUGGCUCCAAUGUCCGGUAGUCUGAACGGGGAGCUCCUCUCGUCCUCCAGCUCCUCCGGUAUCCCCGACCUGCCGCUGCCCCCGAAGCCCCUGGUCCGGGCCAGCCUGUCGGUGGCGCCGGCCGACUACCCGGAGCGCCCCGAGGUGACGCUGCGCCGGGAGACGACGUCGUCCACUCUGCCGCUGAAGACGGAAGUGCCGCUGCAUCUCUUCAGCACCACCAACCAGCAGCACAAGCUGGUCGGCGUGCAGCAGCAGAUCCCCACCAAACUGGCCGCCAUCAACAGCGGCAAGAACAAAGGAGGGAAGAGCGGCAAAGCUUCGCAUCGCACCGACAGCACUGCCUCGGUGGACAUGAAGCAGAUGCUGCCCCUGAAACUGUCCUCCAGAGAGGACAACGCCCUGAAGGCCAAACGCUCCAUCAGCCCCCACCAGCAGCUGCCUCCGUCGGCGCCUCCUCAGCCCUCGCAUCACCUGGCAGAUCAGCUCAGUCCUCCAGACAGCGGCGGACCAGACGGCCUCUCCGCCUCCCAGAAGCCCGUCGUGCCUCCUGCUCAUCCCCAGCCCUCCAUGCAGCCUCCCCACUCCCAGAGCGCCGGAUCCCUGCAGUUCCAGCCGCCGAGCGUCGCUCCUGGCAGCCAGGUAAAUGUUCACGGGCUCAGCCACAGCCACAGCAUGCCACCACCGUACCACAAAAUCACCACAGAGGACCUCAACAAGGAGGACGUCAUCUUUUUCUAAACUCAAGUCAAACACAGAGUACAAAAAUAACUUUCAACGCGACGAUGCGACGUUUGUUUUAACACGGUUUGAAUGUCGGUACGAAGUUGCAGCAGUUUCUGUUUUUAACACCGCUCCCCCACGUUUGCUUCUAAACUGCCAAUAAUAGAGUAAUAGUUGGGUUUUAUUUAAUUCUUAGUUUUAUAUCUAAACUCAAUCUUUGGGGAAAUGAAGGCUUCUUGUGUGUGUCAAAGGUUUCACUGAAGUGAAAUCAAUCCAAAGACAUGAAGCUGAAGACGUGACUGAAAGGAACGCUGUGAAAGAUGAGUUUUUUCCUGGAGAGGAGAGGAGUUAUGGACGGACAGACCUGAUGGCGGGUUUCUACUGGACCUGGAUGAAAGAAGUGAACCGGCUCCUCACACACAAACACUCUCCGCUUGAUGUUUUUCCUUUGCACAGUGUGAAUCCUCCAUUCCAGACUAAUGAAUGACCUUUUGUGGACUAACUGUGUUUUACUUGGUUUGUACAGCUGUUUGGUUUCAUUUUCUUAUUUGUCAUUGGUCUUAAUAGUGCUGAAUACCGAAGGAUCGCAUCUUUAACGCUGCAGCUGGUUCUCAAAACCCGACUUCGAUCAGUUUUUUCUAAGCUGUUGUGUUCUUAAUUCCAAUUGAGGGAGCUUUUGGUUACUUGUGCUGUUUUUCCACACUCCCAGAAUCCUUUGCUGGGUCUUUGUGGGGCUUAAACACUGAAGGUUAAAUAAUUUGUACUUUAUGAUUCUAGCUUAUUUCCAAACAGCUUCUUAAGCACAUACAGAUGCACUGAUCGACUGUUUAAUUUAAAAUCCACAUUAAAAUUUAAAGGUAUUUUUCACAGACUUGUAGCUUGAAAUGAAGGAAAUUAGCUAAAAUUGGCUAAAAUUUUGUCUCACUUGUGUUGCAUUUUAACCCAAAAAUCUACCCUUUUGAAAGACAAAUCUGUAUGAAUCAUUUCUGUUGCUUUUUUUAGUGGAAUUAUACUGAAGGUACUGUAUGUUUCUAGACAUUUCAUGCUGGAUUAAAAGAGCAAAAUUAACUUUAAACUGCUUCUAUUUUCUGGACAUGACAGGAGAGCGAUUGCGCACAAAAAAUUAAUGUCCACCAUCGUGAUUAUGGCUGAUAAUAUACUAAUUUUGCACUAGUUGGGGGAAAAUAAUGAACCACGAUCUGAGGUGAAUUCGUCAAUCUACUGUAUCACAUGCAUUGUGCAUCGCGUUCUCUAUAUUUAUGCACACGACUGAGACUCACAAGACACAGAAGCUAGAUAAUACAGAGAGCUGAAGCAGUUUAAAGUUAAUAGAAUUCCCAAUUCAAUCCACAGCAGUUUAAUCCUCAGAAUCAAAUCAAAAAAAUGAAUGUUUUUGUGCUAUUUUUGGUGAUGCCAGUUUUAAUUAACCCUCAUGUCGUCCUGCGGGUCAAAUUGACCCAAUUUAAAGUUUGAAAAUGUGGAAAAAAAAUAUUUUCACAGUGAAACUUCUGAUGUCCACAUUUUCAACAUUUUUGGGAAAUUUUUGAACAUUUUUUGGUGGAAAAAAAAUGUUAAAAAUGUUUUUAAAGAAAAUAUCAGAAGUUUUACUGAUAUAUAUGGAGUCACUUUUUUAAAAAAUAUUUUUAGGAUUUUUUUCAAGAUUUUUACAAAUUUUUUUGAAAAUAUUUACAAGAAUUUUCUUGCCAAAUUUGGGGGAUUUUUUUUAUUAUAAAAUUUUUAAGGGAAACUUUUAAGGAAUUAUUGGAAUUUUCUUCCUGAAGGUUUUGCAAAUUUUCAGAAAUUUGGGGAUUUUUUUUCAGAAUUUUUGGAUUUUUUUUCAGACAAGGAAACAAUAUUUUUAGGUGCCCAUAAAUGAAGACAACAGGAGGGUUAAUGCUCUGAGGUGUUAUUGAUUCCUGUCGAUAUUUCAAUCCUUACUGUGACGGAUGCAGCGACUCUCAUCUGUUGUCUCACAGAAAAAUCUGAAGAUUUUCAUCCCGUUAUUUUCCUCAGUGUACACAACAUCCCUUUAAAUCAUGAAGCAGGUGACCAAUUGUCUUUGGACAUAAAAAUAUCAGUGUUUGUCCAAAGCAGCUGGUGUAUAUGAUGUGUGUUUUAGACUCCAGAUGUUCACCAGAAGUCUGCUUGUCUGUAUAUGGGUGUGUACAAUCAUUCAUCGCCACUGUGUAAAUGAAGCUGAAGGUUUGUGUGUUUACUCUCCUGGUAUGAAGUCGUAGCAUUAAGGUGAAGGUGCACCGGCCGUCGGCUCGGUUUCACCAGGACAAACCGCAAAAAAAUGGACCGUCUGCUUGUUUCGGAGGGUUAAAACCAGAGACCCUCAGCCGACUGGUCUCCAAGGAUAAACGUGUUGUCAUCCACAAAGUGUCGUAGAAACAAGCCUCCGGGUGUGUUCACUGCACAUCGUAGUCCAGCUUCAUCCUGCUUCUGAUCCCAGGUCUGGGCCUGUUUGCACAGCAGAUGUCUGUAAACAAAUGAGAUCAAAUAACAGACCUAACAAUAAAAGAGUACACAGUUGUGGAGUAAAGUGUGAAAUACAUGGUGGUAGGUUCAGAUUUUUUUCUUACAUAGUUGUAGAUUUUUAUUUUCUGGACUUCAUGUGCAUGUUGACACACUUGUAGGUGGAAAAGUGAAGAAAUUUUACCAGAGUGGGCAAAAGAAUCUCAGCUGAAGGUCGACUUACUCGCUUUUUUACCAUUGCAUCACUUGGUCUUCAUCAACAGUUAAACCACUGUUUCAGAAAAUCACUUGGACUUGCUAGAAGUGCAAAAGUGCAAAACUUUCAAACAGUUUUGUGGCAUUGAGACCCCAGGAUGUUCCUAUAAGUGUAUAGAUAUGGAUGUAUUCAUAUUUCCCACUAAAAUACAGUCUUUGUUCGACAUUUCACCAACUUUUGAGGCUCUAACAUCAGUAGAAUUUGAUGUGUGGACAUGUAUGGUGAGAAAAAGUUCCAUUGAUUUCAGUUCAUUUUUGCUGUUUUGACAAAACUGGUGUGCCUAGAGGUUUGUAUAUUGUCAUUAUAUGUGCAGAAAUGGAGUUUAAAUGCAGAGGUUACCAACGUGUUAGGCUUCCAGAUGAAGAAAUGACACACCUUUUAAUUAUUGAUCCUUGAAAAUUGAAAAAAAAUGCAUUUUUUCAAAUAAUUGUGGUGCUGUGGUCCUAAAAAGCUCCCUUUGAGGCCUCUAACAUCAACAGAAUUUGAUGUGAGCAAAGUAGAGCAAGACAAGGUUCACUUCUGUCCAUUUCUUGGCUAUUUUGACAAAAUGGUGACGUGGAGCACAAGAACUAAUGUGUAUAGGGUCUAUAUGGGCCAUAUGGUCAAAAAGAGAGUUUAAGUGCAGAUGUUUCCGACCUUUUUGGCUUCCAGAUGAAAAAAUAAUCUUUUCUUUUUCUUUUGACCCUCGAAAAUGGAAAAAAAAAAAGUGGAAAUUUUCAAACAGUUCUAUGGUAUUGAGACCUCAGAAAGUUCCUGUAAGUGUUUAAAUAUGGAUAUAUCCAUAAUUCCUCCUAAAAAAUACAGUCUUUGGUCAACAUUUCACCAACUUUUGAGGCUUUAACAUGAGUAGAACUUGAUAUAUGGUAAGAAAAGGUUUAAUUUUUUUCUUUUUUUUUUUUGCUAUUUUGACAAUGUUGAUGUGAAGUACAAAAACUAGUGUGUACAAUGUCUAUAUAUUGUCAUUAUAUGGGCAAAAAUAGACUUUAACGGCAGAGUCUCCCAAACUUUUUGGCUUCUAGAUGAAGAAAUGAUCAUUUCUUUUAAUUUUGCCCAUUAAAAGUGGAAAAAAGUGCCAAUUUUACAAACAAUUGUAGCAUUGGGACCCCAGAAAGUACUUGUAAGUGUGUAUAUCUAUGGAUGGAUCCACAUUUCCUCCUAAAAUACAGUCUUUGGUCGACAUUUCACUAACUUUUGAGGCUCUAACAUGAGUAGAACUUGAUAUAUGGUAAGAAAAGGUUCAAUUUUUUCUUUUUUUUGUUAUUUUGACAAAAUGUUGAUGUGAAGUACAAAAACUAGUGUGUAUAGGGGUCUGUAUAUGGUCAUUAUAUGGGGAAAAAUAGAUUUUAACGACGGAGUCUCCCAAACUUUUUGGCUUGUCGAUGAAGAAAUCAUCAUUUCUUUUAAUUUUGCCCCUUAAAAAUGGAAAAAAGUGCAAAUUUUACAAACAGUUGUAGCAUUGGGAUCCCAGAAAGUACUUAUAAGUGUGUAUAUCUAUGGAUGGAUCCACAAUUUCCACUAAAAUAGAGUCUUUGGUCGACAUUUCACCAACUUAUGAGGCUCUAACAUCAGUAGAAUUUGAUGUUUUGGCAGUUUUUUGCUAUUCUUUCGAUGUAUUCAUAGGAACACAGUAACGGGUGUGUCUAGGGGUCUAUACGUUGUUAUUAUAUGUAACAAGCUGCUUCCAUGUUGAAAUUUAACAACAUAUAAUACAUAUACCUACAGUAUAUGCUGAAGAAGACCAUGUGUGUGGUGCUUGAAAGCUAAAAACAGCCGCUUAAGUUGACCUUGAGAUGGGAUUUCUUCGUCAAACUUAAUUCAAGAUUAAUUUUAUGCUCAUCCAGACAUUUCCCAGUACAUUUUCUUUAGUUUUUUUCUUUUUCAUUCCUAAUGAAAGCAAUUGGACGACAGGAAAACUUUAGUUCUGCUCCAGACUUUUAUUAAAACUUCAACGGGGAGAUCAGAUGGAGGCUUUGGAGUCUUACAUGUUGCUGAACUGUUUUUUUUUUGUUUGUUUUUUUUUUUGCUCCGUUUUAUCAUUUGGAAACCGAUCAGUCACUUCACUGUGUGUGUGUGUGCAUGUCUUUUUGUAUCUGUGUGUGUGCGUAUGUGUACAAAAAACACACUGAAAUUGUGUUUUUGUUAAUUCUACACACACACACACACACCUGCCGGACCUGUAAUAUGUAAAUAAUCAUGAACAUAUUUUAUUUCCUCAGCCAAUUUUACACUAGUCACUUUGAAUAGUAGCAUACUUGAAGGGGAAAAUGAAUGUUUAUAAUAUUAUUAUUAUUAUUGUUGUUGUUGUUGUUGUUGUCUGUGAACUUUUAUUUACCGACAUGCUGUCUAAUGAUAUUUGUAGCACGCAGAGGAACUGAUUUUUGUACUGUUGUAUUUUAUUCACUGCGCAACGUUAGAACAAACUGUGGACACAAACUGCUGCCUUUAGAGGAGUUUAGUAAUAAAAAAGUCUUCUGAAAUAA